UGGACGACAUGGUCUAUCAGUGCUGCAAUCAGAACUCCUCCAUUUGUGUGCUUAAUGCCAGCUAUAAUGCAUAUGGGGACUUGGGCACAUAUGCGGCAACAAAGCGUGAAAUAAAUGGCAGCCAGGGCCGAGCAGCGGGAGGAGCGCCAGCGAAUCCAAUUGAGGCAACUUGCUCCACGAGUGCUGCGGGUGUGGGUGUGCAGCAUAAAUUCAAAACUUUUGGCAGUGCCACAACAGCGGCAGGGAGAACGGCCACGAGAACGGGAACUGGUGGAGGAUGCGCUUCAAACUACGUAAAUCCUGUCGCUACAUCAAUGUCAACCACAAUGUGUUCACCGGCAGCAACGGCCCUGCAAAAACUGUUCAAUUGCAGUGUCGGCAAUGCCUGCCAAAAUGUCACCCACACUCACAACAACAUCCACAACAACAACACUAUCCACGAGAGCGGCCAUAACAAUGGCUGCCUGUCAGCAACUGGAGGAAGCCUGUGCGAAUUCGCGCUCGAGAGCACAUCGGUAGCGGUGGCGGUGGCAAGUGCAAAGGGUGUAUGCCCCCCAGCAGGUGCUCACCCCCCAGCCACCCAGCCGCUGCUGGCCAAGAAGAAAUGCACCAAUGUCAAAUCAACGCUUAUUGCCAAGAAGACAAAGUUUCUCAAAUUUCUCGAAGAAGAAAAAUGGCGGAGCGCUGCAACAGCAGCCGCCUCAGUAGCGGGGGAUGACGGAGGAGAAGACAUCGGCAAUGAGGCGGAGCCCAGCUCAGAGGCCAGCACGUUGACAGCAUCAUCAUUUGUGGGCCACUCAGGCGUGCAAGGGCGGAACAACAAUGGCAGGCACUUGAAAAAUCAGAGUAACAGUCAGGAAGCUGGACCAGCCCCAACCAGAGCUGGAGGCGGAGGUGGAACUGGGACCGGGGCUGGCGCUGGGGCUGGGGCCCGCCAGCAGAAUAAAUUGAACAAUUGGAGCAUGCAUAAUGAGGACAACAACAAACUGACCAACUACCCGCAGCUGGAGCAGCAGGAGCAGGGGGAGCAGCAAAAGCAGCAGCAACAUCAGAGUUCCAUGAAGAAGCAAACGCAAGCCAAAUCAAGUUACGAACUCUACCAGGAGGCAGCCGACAUUUUGUGCCUCAGUUGCAGCCUCUGUGAUAACUGCCGCUGCCUGGACUGUCAGAGCGGCUAUUUUGAUUGCGAUGACGACGACGAGAGCUACUCGGAGCAGUCGCUGAAGGACGAUGAGUACGAGGACUACGACUACAGCGUGGAGGAGCUGCAGAUGCUGUUUGCCAGGGAACAUCAAUUGCGACAGGGGCCCGAGCAGAACUGCCACCUGCCCUAGAACGAAUCCCAAGGCACAGCAGCAGCCCACCCAGAGCCAGAGUCCGUCGGGGUGUCCGGACACCAUCGUGUGGCCAUCGAUUUUGAUUUAAUUAACGCCACUUGCAGCCAAGUGUUGCAAAAUUGUGGAACAUUCAACGAUUUGAGUUUGCUGGAUGCCGCCGGGACCGAGCGUCC